AUGUUUCGUUUAGGUGCCACUCAAGUUGCCCGUACUGCCGGUGCAAGAAACUAUGCCACUUUACGUGAAAUUGAAAUGCGUCUUAAGUCCAUUAAGAACAUUGAAAAGAUCACCAACACCAUGAAGGUUGUUGCUUCCACCAGAUUAAACAGAGCUCAAAGAGCCAUGCAAGCUUCUCGUGUUUUCAACAAAUCCGAUUCUGAAUUCAUUGCCAAUGCUGAACCAGAAGUUGCUGAAGGUGAAAAGACUUUAUUAAUUGUUGUUUCAUCUGACAAAGGUUUAUGUGGUUCUAUUCAUUCUCAAGUUUCUAAAUCUGCUAGAAGAAGAAUUGAAGAAUUACAACGUAAUGUUGAUAUUGUUACUGUUGGUGAUAAAGUCAAGCUUCAAUUAUUAAGAACUCAUGCCGAUAAAUUGAAAUUAUCUUUCAAUGGUGUUGGUAAAGAAGCUCCAAACUUUACUGAAGUUUCUUUAAUGGUUGAUGAAAUCGCCAAGUUGGGUAAAUAUGAAAAUAUUGAAAUUUUGUACAAUAAAUUCGUUUCUGGUGUUUCUUUUGAACCUUCCAAAUUCGGAGUUUUUGCUGCUGAAGCAAUUGAAAAAGCUCAAGGUUUAAAUAAAUAUGAUUUGGAAUCUGAAGAUACUGCUUCCACCGUUGCUGAAUUCUCUUUGGCUAACAAUUUAUUAUCUGCUAUGGCUGAAGGUUAUGCUUCCGAAGUUUCUGCUAGAAGAAAUGCUAUGGAUAACGCUACCAAGAAUGCUGGGGAUAUGAUCAACUCUUAUACUAUCUUGUAUAACAGAUCCAGACAAGCUGUCAUUACUAAUGAAUUAGUCGAUAUUAUUACCGGUGCUUCUUCAUUAGAUUAG